AUAUUUAAUGGAAAAUGGCUGCGUUUCUAAUCCAAACCUCUGGAGCCUGGAAAUAAAAAUCCUCCCUAUCUGAAGCAUCUGGCGUUUUUUGUCAGCAUCCACACAGCCACGGUCCAAUGUGUGGGAUCCACGCGUAGCCAGCCUAGGUCCUGUGGUGGAAAAACAUUUGGGAAAAUGGAUCGCCUCACGUUUUGAGGGAUGAAAGAUCAUUUUUCUCCUUAACCCUUUCUACUCCUAGAUCUGCGAACAAUCGAGCAGAAGAUGAUGCGCCAGGUGACAAGCAGUGACUUCUGCAUGAACAGCAGGCCGUCAUGUUUAGCAGAGGAUGGCCACCACCCCGCCACCCACUUUGACCUGUGCACCUCCCAGUCAAACAAGUUCUAUCCUCCUCCACCUCCAUCAUCUCUACAGAUGACACUGGCUCCCAUGACCUUACCCACCCAGAGCCCACACAAACCCAUGGUGUGCCAGAGACAGGAAGUGCUUGGGGGCGACCCACGCUCACCUGGUAAAUUACCAGGACUUAAAAGCACUGAUCAAGGAUCGGAUGACCCAAAAAAGAAGAACAAGGCUGCUGGGAAGACGGGCAGACGCGGGAGGCCUUUGGGAACGACCAAGCUUGCCGGAUACAGAACCAGCACAGGACGACCCCUCGGCACCACCAGAGCUGCUGGGUUCAAGACAAGCCCCGGGAGGCCGCUAGGUACAACCAGAGCAGCGGGCUACAAGGUGAGCCCUGGGCGGCCUCCAGGCAGUAUCAAGGGCCUCUCCCGCCUUAACAAACUGGCUUAUGGUAGCACCUGCAGUGGAGCAGCCUUCCCCUACCCACUACCACACAAAGAGAUCCUCUGUGAACCUUCCUGCAAAGACAAGACAACCAAUGAGUAACCGUUCUUACUCAGUCUCCAGUCACCCUCAGUCAGUGGAAGAGACGCAUGUGUACAGGUUUUCUGCUGGACAUAGGAGGUGACUGUAAACUUUUACAGUCUGCUGUGAGACAAGGAGAUUUUCUGUUAUUUGUGUUGUCAUCUGUGUGCUUGCCACCUUAUAUGAUACUGUUUUAUGUUCAGUGCUACUAAUGGAGAUUUGUAGCAUACAAAAGUAUUCAAUACACAUUUCUGGAUAUGUUUUUCUUGGAAAAAAAAUAAUGUUAGAUGUUCAUUGCAGAAGGGGUUUUGUUUCAACUAUAGAUCAUGACAAGUAUCAUUGUUUUAUGUUAUAUGUAGCAUUUUAACACCACUGAAUGGUUGAUAUAGUUUUAUUUAGACACCACUAAAGUGACCAGGAAGAAUGAUAUCCACUUCUUUGCUAUCAUAGCUUUAUUACAGA